AUGUCGGGAAAUCCGACGUUUCUCCUCCUUCUAGUGUUCCUCUUUGCAGUAUGUCUGCCCGGCAACGGCGUCUAUGCGUUUGGAGCAGGGAACAUACCAUCUUUUGCCUAUAUGGAAGGCAAGGCGUUCCGCCACGGAGAUAUCGAAGAUGCUCUGGCAGAGCUGGUGAAGAAAGGCGCUGGAGGAUUCGCAUUGGCUAGUAUCAUUGGGAAAGGUUCAAAAUUCGGCGGUCUUGAUAUCAAACGCGUCUAUUUUGGCAAUUGGCUUCGUGAUUACAGCCAGGCUGUCGAUAUUGCUGGCCUGAAGAAACUCCCGCUCCAGACAAUCAUAAACUUAUGCAUGGUGCUAGGAUUUAUGGCCCACGGAUACGCCACAAACGAAUUUGAGGUCACCCCCGAACGCUUAGGAGUUUAUCUGCCUACCGAACAUAUCGACAACCCGAAAGGCUACGGAGAAGGAGAAGAUGCAAGGAAAUACCAUCCUCAAUUGCGCGGACCUGUCGAUCCCAGAGAAAUUGAAAUUGACCAUCAAACUGGAAUGAAGAACUACAUUGCCAAUGAAUCUGGCGGCUGGGACACAAGCAAAGCCCUUGUCCGACGUACACUCGAGAAGUGCAUUCACCUCGGUCGCCAGCAACGCGCACAGGGCAGGAAGCAAGAUGAAUACGAAGCAUACCGCCUUCUGGGACAAGCCCUGCACACCCUUGAAGAUUUUUCCGCUCACUCCAACUUUUGCGAAAUCGCUCUUGUUUCGAUGGGAUACAAGGACGUAUUCCUGCACGUCGGUGAUCAAGUAAGGAUCCAGGCACCUAAUGGACAAUGGGUGGCACCUAUCGUGACGGGGACAUUUGGUGGCAGCGACUUUAUUCACUCCUUACUAGGAGAGGCCGGUGACAAGCUCAGCGAAGCAUCCGUAUCAGACUUAAAUAAGAAGCUCGACGACGCUAGGUCCACCUCAGCUCGGUCCGGAGGUUCUUAUGGCUCUUCAGAUGUUCUCCGAAGCAUGUUCAGCUCCCUGCCUGGUGGCAUGGGUGGCGACAUGUCGCGGGACAUGGAUAACAUCGAGCGAAUACGGGCAGGACCCGCUCAAGGCGGAAAGAGACCGGAGGACAUGUCGCCUCAGGAACUGCAUUCCGUGCUAUGGCAAAUAUUGAGCUUUAGAGACUCGGUGGCGAAGAAGAUAGAGAAGACUAUCGAAAAGAUACCCGGACUCGGAGCCCUGAUUGACAAAAUUAUGGACGGCGUCUCUGUCUUCGUCUUUUCGACAAUAGAGCCGUUCGUCAAACCCUUACUCCAAACCGCGACGACAGGUUUAGCGGAGGCUUCAAAUGAGGUUAUCAACAGUCAUGAUCAAUAUGAAGUGUUCAAUGAUCCCCGCGCUUCGGACCCAACACAUUCUUUCUUGAGUAAAGAUCACUUCAACUUAAUACUCAAUGAGCCUGCCGGUGAAAUUGCCAAAGUUGUACUCGUGAAUACUGUUACACUGGUAACCAAGGCCUGGGAUGAUACCUCUAUCAACGUACAUCAAGUAACCGAAGAUAUCCUUUCAGCACUGUUCCAUCCGGAUUUCAUGAACCGUAACUCAAAGGUGCAGAACGAAAUGAUGCAAUGUAUGCAGAAGUGGGUUCAGAGUCUCGGAUCCAAGCAACACGAAAUCAUUGGCCGACUGUCCAAAGAGUCCGUUCGGAAAGGGAACAACAAGCGUUCAGGGAGUAGCAGCAAACCUCCUGAGGCGCAAGGCACCUUUGCAUGGAAUGAAGGCCAGCAAGCACAGCAUGCCCUGCUUGGGUAUGCCAACCAGAUUCCGGGAGUAGCGCAAGCUCAACAUCUCUUCGGCGGCGGAAGUGGCAACAGGCGAGAAGGAGACAACUUCACCUCGCCUCCUGGACCCCCUUCAUCUGGAUACCCAGGAGCGCAUUACGGACACAGUCAUGAGCAUAGCCAUAAUGCACCACCUCUUCCGUCGACGGGCCAGGCGUCGUCUUACUAUGGAGGCGGAACGGACUCGUCAUCAUCUUACCAUAGCGGAGGAACGCACUCCCCGGCUCCAUCCUUCCCUGGAGCUACAUCUGAGGCCUCGUUCCCUGGUGCACCGUCUUUCCCUGGCGCGUCCUCUGCAUCCUAUGCCCCUCCUUCGGGAGCUCCGCCGGCGCAUCAUCAACACCAUCAUCAUUCGGGAUACAACCCGUCGUACUCGUCUGCGCCCUCGUUCCCUGGUGCGCCUUCGGAGGCUCCUGCCUUCCCUGAUGCUCCUCCUGCCUUCCCAGGAGGUGGUGGGGGAUACAGUGGAUAUGGACAAGGUCCUCCAGGCGGGUUUUCGCCGCCUCCUGGAGCUCCUCCGGAUGGAGUUCCUUCGUUCCCUGGAGCAGAGCCGUACAGUGGUUAUCCUCCGCAUGGACAAGGUCCACCACACUUCCCUCAGGCGCCGUACGGUGGUAGUAGUGGAUGGUAG